GCUUUUAUUGCUAAAUUUGCUUCUUUUUCAGUGGGCCAUGACCGAGCUCACGACAGAUAGAGUUGUGCAAGGAAAUAUUUCUGAUGCAAUCAUUUGCCAGAUUUGCUUAAAUAUUCUAGACAAUGGAAGAGAGUGCAAGCAAUGAGAAGCUCCCUUCUGUGGGAAGUGUAUUGAUAAGUAUAUUUCAGUAAAAAGAACUGAAAAUGCAAACCAAAUCCUUUCCUGACCUAAGGGAUGUCCUAAGCUGAAGCUUAAGAAAUUGCACAGAAUGGUACAAGGCGUUAUUGAUAAGCUAAAAGUCAAGUGAGGCAUUUCUAAUAAGUGCAAUGCUAUUGAUACGAUUGAUAAUAUUAAGGAACAUGAGAAGAACUGAAAAUAUAAUUCAAUAGCUUGAGCAAAUUAUCAGGUGUGCAAAUCACUAUGAAGAAGACAAGACCUAGAUGAACAUCAAAAAAUUUGAGCAGCUUUUAGCCAAAUGAAUAAGGAUUGUAGAGAUUGAGGAGACUCUUAUGUGAAAUCGUUUAGUCUUACUGAAUCAAGCUCAUUCUUACAACAGCUACAUGACAGAUAUUUUUGAAAAGCAACAAACUUUGUUAGUUGAAGAUUUUGAGGGAAAAUAGAUAUUUUGAAAAUAGAUUUCUUUGACCAUAUUAUGAAUAAUUGCACUGUAGUUAAUCAAAAUAUUCAAAUGCACCAAGGAUAUUCGAAUAAUUUUAUUGGAAGAAGAGAUAUUAGCCCUUCAAUAACAAGCGAGCAGAGUCAAUCAAGAGAAAGAAAAAGAAGCAAAAGAAAGAGAGAAAUUAAAGAAUUUGAUAAGAGUUCUAAAAGUAGUCAAGGUAACAAAAGGAAUAGAAGAAAGCCUUUAUUUAUUGUUCAGAAAAAGGAAGAUGAUAUUUGUGAAGGACAGAAUCCUACUUUUCUACAAUAUGCAAUAGAAGAUAAUGAUGAAAAAGUAGAUGUAAGUAUCUCUGAAAAUCGUAUUGCUCAGCAACCCUCUCCCUCUCAAAAUAUCAGAUAUCAGCCAGAACCUGCACAACCACCUCCUCAAAUUCCUCCUGAGCCUGAUUACGAAACCCCUGGGAACCCAGACAAGUCUGAUGAAAUAAGUAUCGAUCAGGUCUCUGAAGAAGAUACUUAUCACAAGAUGAUGCAUUUUUCUAAAGAGCCACAGGCUGUACUAGAAUUGAAUCCUGCUCUACACUCUGAGCCUCAGCCAGCUAUAGACUUACAAAACUACUACAAAGAGCGUAUGGGGUCUUUAGUUUCACCCAUUUCUCUCCAAAACAUGAUUGAAGAGUUUGAUCGUGUAUCUUUAGUAAGCGCUGGCUCUGUAGAUAACUUUGACGGUAAAGGAAGAGAAUUUGAACGUAUCAGUUCAAUCAAGGCCAAAGCAUACUCACAAAACUGUGCUAUGGGAGACGAUUUUGACGAAUUCCAAAAAGUUCCACGAUAAAUUUGAUAAUUGUGUUUUG